GCCGAGCCCCGCCGCCGGGGCGUGUCAACGCCGCGCACCCCGCUCCCUGCCAGCGCUCCGCCGCGCCGCAGCGCCAACAUGCCCGCCGUCGACAAGCUCCUCCUGGAAGAGGCUUUGCAGGACAGCCCACAGACUCGGUCUUUGCUCAGUGUCUUUGAAGAAGAUGCAGGAACCCUUACUGAAUAUACAAACCAGUUGCUUCAGGCAAUGCAACGAGUCUAUGGUGCUCAGAAUGAAAUGUGUCUUGCCACACAACAGCUUUCAAAGCAGCUCCUUGCCUAUGAAAAGCAGCAUUUUGCCUUAGGCAAAGGAGAUGAAGAAGUGAUAUCUACCCUUCAUUAUUUUUCAAAAGUUGUGGAUGAGCUCAAUAUCCUUCACUCUGAACUGGCAAAACAGCUUGCGGAUACAAUGGUUCUCCCAAUAAUACAAUUUCGGGAAAAGGAUCUCACAGAAGUAAGCACACUGAAGGACCUUUUUGGCCUUGCUAGCAACGAACAUGACGUGUCCAUGGCAAAGUAUAGCAGGUUACCGAAAAGGAAAGAAAAUGAAAAGCUUAAGGCAGAAGUGGCAAAAGAAGUGGCAAAUGCAAGAAGAAAGCAGCACCUUUCAUCCCUGCAAUAUUACUGUGCCCUGAAUGCUCUGCAGUACAGGAAGAGAGUGGCAAUGAUGGAACCUAUGCUAGGAUAUACUCGAGGACAGAUCAACUUCUUUAAGAAAGGAGCAGAGAUGUUUUCCAAAAGAAUGGACAGCUUUUUGUCAUCUGUUUCAGACAUGGUUCAAAGCAUACAGGGAGAGCUGGAUGCAGAAGCUGAAAAAAUGAGGGUAUCCCAGCAGGACUUAAUUGCACUUAAUGAAUCUGUUUACACCCCAGAUUCUGAUGUAACUUCACCUGCUAUCAAUAGAAAUCUCAUCCAGAAGGCUGGCUACCUUAAUCUUAGAAAUAAAACAGGUCUGGUGACUACAACUUGGGAAAGAUUGUAUUUCUUCACUCAAGGUGGCAACUUGAUGUGUCAGCCCAGGGGAGCAGUAGCUGGAGGAUUGAUUCAGGACUUGGACAACUGCUCUGUUAUGGCUGUAGACUGUGAAGACAGAAGAUACUGCUUUCAGAUCACUACUCCUACAGGAAAAGCGGGUAUAACCCUUCAAGCAGAAAGCAAGAAAGAAUAUGAGGAGUGGAUAUGUGCUAUAAACAACAUCUCCAGGCAGAUCUAUCUCACUGACAAUCCAGAGGCAGCUGCAAUCAAGCUGAACCAGACAGCCCUGCAAGCAGUGACUCCCAUUACCAGCCUGGGGAAAAAACAUGAAGUUCACCACCCCAGCCAGACUAUAAAGAAUAUGGAAAAUGAUAAAAUAAUUCCCAGUGAAUCAGGUGACAUUCAGGACUCCACACAACUCAUUGCUCCUGGAACACCAAUUCAAUUUGAUAUCGUAUUGCCUGCCAUGGAAUUCCUGGACCAGAAUAGAGGCAGCAGGCGUGCAAACCCAUUUGGGGAAUCUGAAGACAGCAGCAAAGAUGAGGAGGAAGAUUCGCUCCUGCAGCAGAUGUUUGUAGUUCGGUUUUUAGGAUCUAUGGCUGUUCAGUCAGAUGGCACAUGUGAGGUGAUUUAUGAAGCUAUGAGACAAGUCUUGGCUGCUCGUGCCAUCCACAACAUAUUCCGUAUGACUGAAUCCCAUCUCAUGGUCACCAGCAAGAACUUGAGGUUAAUAGAUCCUCAAACCCAAGUUACACGAACAAGUUUUGAACUCACCACUGUGACACAGUUUGCUGCCCACCAGGAGAACAGGCGACUGAUUGGCUUUGUGGUCCACCUCACUGAGACUCUGGGAGAAGAAUCCAUGAGCGCGUAUGUUUUUGAGAGCAACACAGAAGGGGAAAAGAUUUGCUAUGCCAUUAGCUUGGGAAAAGAAAUUAUUGAGGCACAGAAGGACCCAGAAGCAUUAGCUCAGCUAAUGAAGUCUGUGCCAUUAACAAAUGAUGGAAAAUUCAUGCUUCUGAAUGAUCUGUCAGAAGAGGAUGGCACCGUGCAUGAAGGAGGGGAAGAAUCAGAGGCAUGAAAAGCUCCUGUCACUUCCUGCAGCCUGUGUGGGAGCAGCAAAAGCAGGGAGUCAUUUUGCAAGAAUCUCUGGUUUUCAGUCACCUGCGCACACCCAAGGCCAGCUUCUCUUUUCCUGCGGGAGAGCACACGGCGUCUCUGCAGCAGAGUUCCCACUGGAUUUCCAGUGGAACAACAGCAGGACUUGGCCUUCCAGGCAUUUUGCAUUUGUGAAUGUGUAGGGUGUAGCUGUGUCUGGGAAGCUGACAAUCUUCAGGAAACGUUUCAGCCCAAGCCCCUUGCUGCUGGCAGGAGAGCGCAGCUGUCAGCCACCGAGGGGUAACGGCAUUUCUUCACACACACACACACACAGCAGCCCCCAGUUCCACUGAAAUUCAUGUGAGCUGUCAGCUCCUUUAACAAAUAUCAGGCCUCAACUUUCCUACCGUAGUCAAUUUUCAUAGUUUGCAUGAUUAUGUGCAUCUGAAUGAAGGUUAAAAAUGCACUAUCUACUUUAUUUCAGACGAAGUUAUUUUUAGUCUAGUUGAAGUGUAACAAGAUUUUGUGUUAGCCUAUUUACAAAACAAUUUGUUAAACACUAAAUUUUUCCUAUUAAUAUAAUCUAUUUUUAUAUUGCAUCUAGAAUAAGCUUACAAAACAAAUCUAAGUGCCUACUCUUACCUUCAUGGGGACCACACUCACAUUCUGUAAUUAAGUAAUGGACAUAAUGUACCUCCUUGAUUUAUUAUUCUAAAUACCACUGACAUGCAAACCUCAGAAGCAGUCAACAAAUGUGGCAUGUUAGUUAUGUACAGUUCUUCUAUGGUUAGGUUUCUUAAAUAUUAAGUUGCCAGAGAUGGUAAUAGUAAGGCAAAUAAGUACUUUUAUAGUAAGAAUUCUUUGUAUUUUUAACAUUGUGGUAACGUGCAACAGCUGAGUCUACCAGCAAUCUUUGGUUUUAAGAAACUGAGCAAUAAAAUGUUAGAUAAGUCUACAAUGCAUUGACAAGUCUCAUAGUACCUUCCUGAGAUUAGAUACUAGAGACCUUUGCUAAUAAGUUUACAUUUUUUUCCUUCCUGAAAACAUGAGCAAGUGUACUUUGCAAGAACAAACAAAAAUAAGCAAAAAUAAACAAACAGCUGUUAUGGGGGGAGGGGUGUAAUCUGUAGCAUAGUUUGUGUUAAUCAAGAUGAGGUAUCUAGAAAAAAUGGCUGAAAUUCUUCAAACUUAAUUUAACUCUUCUCAGUCACUUACUAGGAGAGUACAUUUUCUGUAAGCAGAAUCUGUGCAACAGUAUCUGAAAGAUCCCAGUUUGAAAGUGUUUGAUGUAGAAUAAAUUUAAUUUAACUGGUUACUGAAUGUUUAAAAGAACCCUGGAAGAAACCUGUUAGUAACUGACACAAAAACUUCUUUAUAAAUAAAAGUUGAAGCUGUCUUAUUAAAAACA